CAUUACAUUUCUGCAUAUAGCCUAUCUAAUAGCAAAAAGACCAGGCUUUAUUUUCAGUAGCUCACAGUAGCUGACCAAUCGCCUUCUGAAACUAAAAUAAACAUUAAUCUGCUUUCACACGUUGGACAAAACCCGCUCGGAUCUAGAUUAAUAUCUGCAAUUCAUCAGCUAUUUAAUCAAUUUUCCCAAAGAUUUUCUAAAAUGUUUUACUACCCCACCGUUUUGAAGCGGCAUACAGGAUGUUUUUCUACAAUCUGGCUGGUUGCUACAAAAGGCAUCAGAGUUACUCGCCGGGAUUUCCUAAAAGUCAACGUCAAAAGCACCUGUGAUGACAUCAUGAGCUACGUGCUGGAGCAGGUACCACCCCCUCGGCCUGGUCUGCCACGACCUCGCUUCUCCCUCUACCUCUCCUCCCAGCUCCAGUAUGGUGUCAUCCUUGUCUACCACCGCCAGUGUGCUAUUCUCCUGGCUGAACUUCAGUCCAUCGUGGGCUAUCUGUUGAAACAGAGGGCGUCCCAGAAAAUUGAUAUGGAUGGGCACGGCAGACAAGCCAUGGACUUCCCUGAUGCCCUGUCUCUCCUGGAGGAGACAGAAGGAGCUCUUGACCCUUUAUUCGGAGUGAUGUACAUGGGAAAAGCCUUGCCCAGCCCUAAUACACUGAUACAGAUGGGUCAGGAGUAUCUGAGAGAAACCUCUCCUGAGCAUCCUGAACUAGCCAGUCCAACUUCUGCUGCUGCAUCAGAGAGUGGCAUAACUGCAACUCCAGAAGCCAUUACUCUGAGAGAGACAGAGCCGUUCGCCAUCCCUAUUGCAGAGUUUGAGGGUGAGGAGCUUACCGAUCAGCAUCCAGAGACAAUUGACUUCCUCUUGGCCCAAACAGAUAACUUUCCAGAAGGAGAUUUGGAGAUGGCAAGAGAAGAAGUGACACCAGGAGAGCAAGAGGGGGAGAUGGAAAGGGGCAGAAGAGAGGAAGACCUGGAGAAACAGAGAACAAAAGAGCUCACAGGAUCCUCUAUCGAAUUACAGCCCACCACUCUCUCCAGUGAGUACGCCACAUUGUUGCCUCAGGAAGAGCCAGACCUGGCCGUGGAGAAGCCUGGACCACCCUCAGACCAGCUCACCCCCGUCUCUGUGCCCGUCCUCCCCUCCCCACCAUCUGCAGUGGAGGAACGUCAAAGACAAACUCUUGAGUCAGAGGAUGUGCUGCCUCCAGAGGUGAGGAGGAGGAGGAGGAAGAGGAAGAGGCAGCUGAUCUUCUUUGACCCAGAGACGCAGAUCCCCCAGGAGGUGCUGCAGCAGCAGAUUGACAACCCUCUGCUUGAGACCACACGUCCACUGUUCGCACCGCCUCCUUCUCACUGGAUGCGCCCUGCUGCUGAGCUCCUCAAGAAUCCCUGCCUGCCCUUCUUGCCUGAAGAGGUGUUGUUUCUAUGGAGACGGGCUGCGACCAUUAGGCCUCUCUCAGACUUGGACCAGCAAGUCGGGGAGAGAGGGCCCGAGUCCACCGACUCUGAAAAGGAAAGAGAGCGCGAGAUGGCUGAGGCCGCAGAGGUUGCUGAGACCGCCGAAAGAGAAGAGGGGAACCUUGAGCUCCUGACGGAGGUCCCUAGAGAUGUGGCAGAAUCAGAGAAGUUGGCUGUUUCAGAACAUGGUUCACUGCCGCUGGAGGGCUCCGACCAAAGGGAGUCGUCUCGAGAGAUCAUCUCCCCUAUGUUCACACCCGAGAAAGAAUGGUCCGCUGUCUCCAGGUCUGUUUCUACACUGCAGGACAUCCCAGAGGCAGUGGACGAGUUGCUGGGGAGAGCUGCAGCAGAGUCUCCUCCUGGGCUGCUGCUGGAUUUUCCCGAGCAUGAAGAAGCACCUGUGCUGUUUCAGUCUCUUCUGCCACCAGAGGUCGACCGCAGAACUGUCAGCAACGUUUUUCAGAGGCUCUUGGAGACUUUAUCGGCCAGGAAACUACGUGCGGAGCAGGACGAGCCUUAUGGUGACAUAUUAAUAUUUCCUGGAUCCAACUACGAGGAAGGGAAUCUGGAUUUGUGAUGUGUACACGGUCACUCGAGUCCCCACGAGCCUCCAAAACAAACAUCUUUGUUCAGUCUGAUAGAAGAUUAUUUGUCUGUUCCUGACAUUUCCUGUGUUCACUUCAUCAGAGAGAAAAAAAACAUCUGGAUUUAAAACAAUAUCAUACAAGACAAAUAUGCAUAGAAGUCAAAUGUUUUGUUACUAAUCACUUCAUAAGAUUUGUCAUUGGUGUGACCUGUUGACAUGCUUGAAAUUAUUGAAGUUUUUAAAACCUGCUGGUUUGUAUAAUUUCCAAAAGCAAAUCAUUGGUCCCAUUUGCUACUGUGACCAACAAGUUUUAUUAAUUCUAUGAGAUUUCAGAUGAGUAUUUUAACUAUUUUUAUGGUUGUAUUUUUUUCAUAUUUUUUAAAGACAUUACCUCAUGUUAAUCUGCACAUAAGUUCUGGUUAAUGUAAGUUAUGUGUCCCUUUGAACAUGAACUACAAAAUAAAAACUUUAGAAGA